AUGUCGCUUCCCAACGGUGUGGACGUUUCCCAGCUGGUCCAGCAUCCGGUGCUGGCCGCCCUGCCACCGUUCUUCCUCAGAGCCUCUGAAAGAUAUCAGAGAACACCGAAAUGUGCUCGGUGUCGCAACCACGGUGUUGUGUCGGCGUUGAAAGGACACAAGCGUUACUGUCGCUGGCGGGACUGUGUGUGCGCAAAGUGCACAUUGAUAGCUGAGAGACAGCGCGUUAUGGCUGCCCAGGUUGCGCUUCGUCGUCAGCAGGCGCAAGAGGAAAACGAAGCUCGGGAAUUGAACCUGUUGUACGCGCAACCGUCCGCGCCACACUUCUCAGACCUACAGGAAGACGCUCCAGUUCACAAACGCGCUCGAAUCACGGAAGUAUGUUCAAGCCCCUCUCCACCGGAAAUGACGCAAGAGAAUAAAACGCCAGUCCAUACUCCUCCACUCUCCACACCGCCACCGCGGUCACCAUCAGACCACGAGCUGAACGUGGAGGAGGAGUUAGAUCACUCGGAACCAUCUCUCACACCGGAGAACUUGUCGAUGAAGGAACAAAGACAUGACGAAGUGAAAAAGGAAGAUGAAGACAAAUGGGAUCCGACCUUCAAAUACAGACGCGGAAAAGACGCGCCGAUGUCGGAGUCAGAAGACGCAGUGCCCUUCCAGAAGUCCCCCAUCGACGUUCUAAUAAAGGUGUUCCCGAAACGCAGUCGACAGGAAAUCGAAACUAUCCUAGCUAGAUGCAAAGGAGAUGUAGUCGCGGCUAUGGAAAUGAUGGUGAACGGCCCUGAGCAGUCGUACAGCCUGACCCCGGAAUCUCCGUAUAUGCAGAACUACCAGUCUAGGUCCGCGUUCUCGCCGCUAUCAAACCAGAGUUUCAAGUUUUCACCUUCUAGAAGAUUCCUCACUCCACCCUACAGUGGAACUCGAUACAUGCCUACAGUGAUACGACCUCCUCCUGAGUAUCUGUCUUCUUUCUUACCUCCCUCCGAGCUGAUGUAUGGGAGACAGUUGCAAGUACCAUCCCCGGGAACUUCUCCGACUUCUGAUAAUACGAAUAAUGAUGGCUUCUCUGAUUAG